ACAAGUCUAACAAAUCGAAUAAGAGACAACAUCCAGAUCGCAGAAGAAGACAUGGCCCAGGUUGCAGGGUCAUUUAGUGAAGGACUAAUGACACUUUUACUAGGCCUGAAAAAUGGCAAUGUCCCGAUUACAAAAGAGGUGGUCAUAGCGACAGUUAAGAACAGGGACAAUGUCAAGGAGGUGAUGGCGCUGCUCCUCGACCAGCGCGCCGACGAAGUCAAGAUCACUGAAGAGGUGCUUAAAGAGGCAGCUGGUGACGAGGUCAAAAUUACUGAGGAGGUAGUUAUAGCAGCAGCUGGGAACCGAUAUAGUAGCAAAAAGUUGAUGGCGUUGCUCCUGAACCGGCGCGGCAAUGAGAUCAAGAUUACUAAGAAGGUAGUUAUAGCAGUAGCUAGGAACCGAUAUAGUGCUAAAAAGUUAAUGGCGCUGCUCCUCGACCGGCGCGGCAACGAAGUCAAGAUUACUGAGGAGAUGGUUAUAGCAGCAGCUAGGAACUGGAGCAAGAGUUAA